AUGGAAUUUGACAUUGAAACUUGUGAUAUCUGCACAAAAAAUUAUUUUAAGCCUCCUGGUGUACCUAUUUUAAAUAAAGAACUGAGCUAUGAAGAAUUUUUCCAUAAUUUUAUGAGGCCUAACGUCCCUUGUGUCAUAAAAAAUAUUACAGAAGAUUGGGAAGCACACUACAAAUGGUUAAAUGAGGAAAAAGCACCAAACUUGGAUUAUUUAAAAGACAAGUACGGAAACUGUGACGUUACCAUUUACAACUGUAGUGAGAAAUAUUUCAAUUCGCAAAAAACGCAAAUCUGUAAAUUGGAUUCAUUUUUAAAUAAGUGGAAUUCGGCCGAAAAUAAAUCCAAAUAUUUGAAAGACUGGCACUUGAAAAAUACUUUCAAAAACGACAAUUUUUAUACCGUCCCGAUUUAUUUCGCCUCAGAUUGGCUGAACGAAUAUUUGACUGAAAAUUCAGAAGACGAUUACCGUUUUGUGUACAUUGGACAAGCCGGAACUUGGACACCUUUCCAUGCCGAUGUUUUUAAUUCCUACAGUUGGUCGGCAAAUGUCUGUGGUCGCAAAAAAUGGAUUUUUUUCCCCCCAGGUGAAGAGAACUUUUUACGGGAUUCCCUCAAUAAUCUCCCAUACGAUAUUAGCGACAUGUACCACACUCGACAGCAUUUCGAACUAAUCCAAAAUGCUGGAGAGGCUGUUUUUGUACCCACGGGUUGGUACCAUCAAGUGUGGAAUUUAGAGGAUACAAUUUCCGUAAAUCAUAAUUGGGUUAAUGGAUGUAACAUAUUGAAAAUGUGGGAGACGAUCGAAUAUAAUUUAAAAUGUGUGAAAAAAGAAAUAGAAGAUUGUUGCGAUAUGGAAGGUUUUUUACAGCACUGUCAAGUAAUGCUCAAAGCUUCAUUUGGAAUGGAUUUUUACAAAUUUUACGACUUUCUUAAAUUUAUCGCCUUGAAGAGACUGGCGCAAGUGCACAAAAAACAAAAAGAGGAGCUAUUUCACGGACACAUUUUGGGUUUAAAUCACGCCUUUUUCGACCUACUAUCUGUAAAAACAGUACUGGAAUUAUUUUGCCAACACUGUGAUGUGACGGAAUUAUUUGGUCCAACAUUGUCGGAAAUGGAAAAAAUAAUUGAAGAAAUUGCUCAAAAACGAAACAGUAUUUAUUGAAAAAAUUAAUAUUUGGACUUAUUAAAACAUUCAACCGUGCCUUUGGCAACUAAA